CAAACAGUAGCUUUUUUUUCAAUGUACUAGCAAAUGGUCUAAUGGUGUAUGCUGGACGCGGCUUGGGUUGGCCUAAGGAAGAGUAAAUAAGGGACAUUGAAUCGAUAAUAGCAUGCCUACUCCAAAGUCAGUUACUGUUAUUGUGUAUGGGGGGAAAUGCCUAAAGCCAAAGAAAAAAGAUGGUGUACCUUUGGCAUGGGUGGUUUUUGGAUUUGGAAAGAGCAAGUGUUGCACCGCUCAGAUCAGAGACAUUAACCCCAAGUGGAAUGAAGAAAAUACAUUUAUGAUAUCUGAUCCAAGGCUUCCACUAAAACUAACCGUCAAAGACAGAGAUGACACAUUAGGGCAGAUUCAAAUCCCACUAACAGAAAUCCCGCAUGAGGAACACACCUUUAAAUGGGUUGCCAUUGGCCCUCACAGGCGCAACCUUAAUCCUUCUGGGGAAAUAUGCGUUGACUGUUGGAUAUCAGAGUAUAAUGAAACCGAGACUCCUACAAAAAAGGAGACAAACUUCUUCAAAUUCAAACAAAGGUUCAAUGUUAAGCAGUUCGCUGAAAGAGACAGGAAAGGUUCCAUAAAAUAUGGUGGGACCUCGCUCAAAGGGUCCAUUUCUGUUGAAGAUUUAGGAGCAGUAACUUACAAGCCAACAUUCAGUAAAACGCUGGAAAGACCCAAAAAUGUAGCAGCUACGGGAAUGAAAAGGGCAUCCAGUUUAUUUUUGUCACCAAAAAAUGAGGGUGCUGCCAACAAUGUGAAGUCCGAGAGGUCUCCUAGCCUUGGAGAUUUAUCACCAGUAGCAGAAAAAGUAUCAGAUCCUCCUGAGAUACGGUUCAUCAGUCCAAUUUCUGGUCCUAGCUCAGGAGGGACAGUAGUCCAGAUUACUGGAAAAAACUUAGGAGAGAGUAAAAGUGACAUUAUACAUUUGACCGUGGCAGGUGUGGACUGCUUAUCAACUGUAGAAUAUAUUUCAUCAACCAAAGUUAUGUGCACAACACGGUCCGGGGAUAGUGUAGGACCUGUGUCAUUAGCAACUGCGUUAGGAGGUACUACUAAAUCUAAGACUCAAUUUGCGUUCGAAAAUUCUUUGAAGUUUAACAAACCCGAUGCAACCUUUUUGCAAGUAGAUGACCAAAAGUCUUCAAAACCUUUCACAAAGAAAGCUGAAAAAGUUCAAAAUGGAAAGCCGCCACUACCAGGUCACAAAGGUCGUGAUAAAAACGAACAAACAGAUAAUUUGAAAAAAGAAGUUGAAGAACUUACCAAAGAAGUCAAAGUUCUGAAAGUGGAGAAUAUGGAAUUACGGAGCUACGUAGACAGCCUACUACUUUAUUUGAUGGAAAAAUACCCGGAGGCCUUGGAAUCAAGGCGGCUUUAUCGGUAGGUUUAUUUAUGAUCCAAAUCGUAAGUCUUUUUGCGAUGCUGGCUUCGAUAUAAUGGUAUGAGGACCUUAGAAGACUAAGCAUUCAAAGAAAAUUAAUCACCGUUAAACGCACACUAAAGCCAUGCACAAGAAACAUCGAUCGAUUUGCUUGUAUAAAUCACACUAAUGUAUACAACUAAUAUUCUAGCAAUAAUACAGUAAGUACCCGCAUAUGAAAACCAUUUUUUUAAGCUGAGGCCUCAGAAAGCUUCUUAUUAACAUAGACUUCAUCAUUAGGGCCUAAAUUUCUUAUCAAUAGGUACUGUCAAAUCAAAUGAAGUCAAGCUGUACGACAAUACCUUCCAUGGACGUGUAUUCCGAAUUACUGAUAAUAGUAUAUAAUACUUAUCUACAGUAUAAUUGUCCGUGUUGAUAGAACACACACACUACAACCAUCCUAGAGCAUAACCAGAAAACAAUACUGUUUAUAUUAAAAAAUAUGAAACAUUGUAAUUUCAGGCCUAAAAUUGUUCCUUAUAAAGCAGCCCCUUUUGAAGACAAUGAGACCUGUUUCUUAUUGAAGAGAGUUUCCUAUUUGCGAGUAUUUGCUGUAGGUAAUAUGCCAUUUAAUUUGAUAACUGGGCUCUCAAUGUCACAAAUUUUGUCAAUGAAAGUACAAAGACAAUUUUCACUUUAUCAUAUUAUAAUGAAAUGUUCCAAAAAGUAAAGAUAUUUAAACGUUAUUCGGUUUAGUUUUUAAAAGCUUUUAUGUCUAUUUGGAAUCUGUUAAAUCACGUUAAAUGUAUCUUGUAUGGCACAACCAAACAACCGUUAAAAAUAUCUCCUGUCGUCAACAUUUCGUAAAUUGAAUUCGUCUGAAAAAGUUUUUUCCUGCCCCACGCCCCCCCCCCGAAUGCCCUGUCACUUUUUAAAUGAUGUGAUCUCUGGUAUAUAUAAAUUGUUGCCACAUGAACUAUAACAUUCCUAGGUUUUGGCUUCCUUUGCGCAUUUCACUGUCAAAGUGAAAAAAUCAUGUCCGUGAUAAAAUUAUAUAGAAUCUUAAAACUUAUAUUCAAAUUACAUUUCCGAAAUUUUUCUGCCCUGUUUUAAGCAACUAUUAUUUGAAUUUUGUACCAAACGGAGAAAAACCGGUGAUGACAAGCUCUCCUUUCCAACAUAUUCCUUCUUUGGAAUUUCUGUUUGAUGCAGGGCUAAACAUGACUAACAAAGUUCAUGAAGAAAUGACAAUCUGCUCUUAUGUCAGGUCUUUUUUUAAUAUUGUCUUUGCCAUUAUCUGGAAUUUUAAUGCUUGAAUUGACGGAAUAACUUAAACGUCCAUGUUCACGCUUAAAGGUAUCUGUAGAAUUGCUUUUGAAAAACACUGAAUGGUGCUUUAAUCGCCUUGUUGCAGUAACAUAGAGUAUUUCACUAUUUUUGCUGUACCAAAGAAGCUUAUUGCUACAUCUAACGACGAUUAACGUUUGAUAUGUAUGGAUUGUUACCCAGAUAGUUUUUCAUUUGAACCUGUAGCCGAAGAAAGCUUUCAUUUUGCUUUUGAACUGAAGUGAUGGCAGUUUGAAUCGUAUUGUCGCACUUGAAUGCAGAAUGUGGUAACUGCAAAUUUUUUCUGUCGCAUGUACCCUCCAAGCACCCCCUCUGUCAUCAAAUCUGGCGAAAGACAUGGAUGGUCGUUUUAACAAAAUCUUAUUGUCUCUCUGUGAACGCUGGUUAACUAUACCCUGGUCACUAGGAUUGAUUCAUUUUUUUAAAUUCAUUUUCUUAAAAUCCAAAACAGGUUCACUUUUUUAAAUUCACAUCAUCAACAACGGUAAUGUUUACUAAAAUUAGGAUAGGGCUAUUUGUGUUAUACUUACACAGGACCAUGUCCCUUUUGAUUUAGUAAAAGCCUUUAGUAAAAGGAAUUUCAUGUUUUUGCUGUUUGAAAUAUUGUUGAUCAAACCCUGCCAUACAAGAAGUAUUUAGAUUUUUGAUUUUUGAAGUUAUGAUUUCUAAUGACCAUGACAUUAAGCAUUGAAAGAAGCCGCCCAAAAUGCCAACUUUUUAAUAUAGCCUAAAACUUAAAGAUAUGAUAAGUGAAUGUCGAACGAUAGAUAUGCUAACUUUAUUGCUGUAGGGUAUAAUUUACUUUUCCUUCUAAUCGUGUUGGCUUAUCUCACUUUUUCAUCUAUCGUGCACAUAACCUGAGAAGUAUUUACUUUGAAUUGACAACGAGUAACGUCAUAUUAGCACAUCUGUAUUGUAUUACCCGCUGUAAGGAUUUUUCAAUUAUUUAAGAUUGACUCUGGAAAUUAUUUAGUUCUAUUUAGUAUGUAAAAAGCGUAUUUUUAAGGUUGUUUUCCUUGGCGCUAGUAUUGGAAUUAGCAUCAUGAUAAAGUAUUUUGGUUUUAUGAUGUAUCAUUCUGUGUUUGUAUAAGUUAGUAUAAUUGUAAAAAUGUAAUAUUCAUAAUCUUGGAAUUA